GCUUUCUCCAGCAGGAUACCGGCUUUCUUUCUCACCUCUGUACUUUUAGUGUACGAUCAUCUCUCUUAUUUUAUUAUAUAAUCAAUAUCUUUCAGUACCAUACUAUUUUCGGGUUGAUUCGAAAGCUCCUGCGUUUGCAGCAAUCCGCAGCUCUGCAACUUACCGAUCCCUUUACUAAUUAUCAAAUCCUGAUUAUUCAAUAGCACAGACGGCGGCCGAGUUAACCCGGAUAGUGCCCCUCCAGCAACAAUGUUCGCCCGAAGCCUCAAGUCGACAAUAACCCCACCUUUCUCGUCCUUCUCUUCUCGUCCCCUCUCCUCCGUCUUCAAUUGCAGUCAAUCCUCUUUCAUCUCUUUCCGUGGCUUCCACCAGUCUUCUGCAGCUAUGGCUCCUCAGGUUUUCUUCGACGUCCAGUACGCUCCUCUCGGCACCGGCGCGCCUAAGACCGGCCGCAUCAUCUUCAACCUGUUUGACGACGUUGUCCCCAAGACCGCUGCAAACUUCCGGGAGCUGUGCAAGAGGCCUGAGAAGGAGGGCUACAAGGGCUCCACCUUCCACCGUAUUAUCCCUAACUUCAUGCUCCAGGGUGGUGACUUCACUCGUGGCAACGGUACUGGCGGUCGCUCCAUCUACGGCGACAAGUUUGCCGAUGAGAACUUCAAGAUUACUCACAGCAGGCCUGGUCUCCUUUCCAUGGCUAACGCUGGCCCCAACACCAACGGCUCCCAGUUCUUCAUCACCACCGUUGUGACCUCAUGGCUCGAUGGCAAGCACGUUGUCUUCGGUGAGGUUGCUGAUGAGGAGUCCUACAGCGUUGUCAAGGAGAUUGAGUCUCUCGGUAGCCAGUCCGGUGCUCCCCGCUCCAAUGUCAAGCCUACCAUUGUCAACUGCGGUGAGCUGUAAACAGCGUGAACGUGUUUAAUGAAAUAUCUAGCUUAAAUGGAAUUCCUGCGGAUAUGAGCUGAUUGCAGCUGUCGCAACUUGGUUACGCUGUGAGGCCAUGGUACAAUAUAGCCCUUUCCCAGGCCAGUGUAAUUUAGAGCGUCGAUAUAACCAGUUUUUCACUCGUGA